AUGGACCCCUUGAACCAGAUCAGCCUUGCUACUGUCUUGUUGGUGCUUCUUCUCGUUACAUACUUUACCCUCUCAUUCACCGAGCUCGAGACUGUUGGCAAACUGUUCAAUGCUAUUGCUACCUCUGGUAAAUUUGCAUACUCGUGCUUUCUAAAGCCUCACACUGGCGACAAUACCGGCAACCAACAGGAUGCUCUCGAGAGCUUCUACAAGACUCAGGCCGGCAUCUACGAUGUCACUCGCUCAAAGCUGCUCCGUGGAAGAGAAGACAUGUUGGCUAUGGCUGCAGCACAACUCCGCUUCCAGCUUGAGCAAGGCCAAUACACUCGCAAGCCAAUCUGGGUCGAUGUAGGUGGCGGUACAGGCUGGAACAUUGAGCAGAUGGAGAAGCAUCUGUCCGUCUCUAACUUUUUCCAUGCCGUCUACCUGGUCGAUUUCUCGCCUUCUCUCUGCCAGGUCGCCAGAACCAGAUUUGCUCGCCUUGGCUGGAAGAAUGUCAAGGUUGUCUGCCAGGAUGCCCGCACCUUCAAGCUCAGCGACUACGAAGAAGGCUCCACUGAUGACAAUGCCAUGUUCAGCAUUGGCAAAAGCGCACUUGACGAAAACACUGGUGCCGACAGUAUCGGAGCAGAUCUCUUGACUCUCAGCUACAGUCUCUCUAUGAUUCCUGAAUUCCACCCUGUUGUGGACUCCCUCGCCAAUCUUCUCGCUCCCAACGGUAUCAUGGGUGUUGUCGAUUUCUACGUCCAGAACCAGAUCCAGUUCCAGUCUCGCAACUAUGUCGGUGGAGUCAUUGACCGCCACUGCAUGUGGAUCUCUCGUGUCUUCUGGACGGCGUGGUUCGAGAUGGACAGAGUAUUCUUGGACUCUUCUCGCCGUGACUACCUCGAGUACAAGUUCGGCACCGUUCUCACCGCCAACGCUCGUAAUCACUUCUUCGGCUUCCGUAUCCCCUACUACAUCUGGAUUGGAUGUGCCAAGCAGACCAAGUCAUCCAUGAACAAACUCGCCGCUCUCGAUGCCGCUGUUACAGAAUCACCAUUCAUCACUGCUCUCGACUUGCAACGCAAGCAGGUUGGAGGCCCUCGCAGAUCCUCCUCUGUCGAACGUCGCUCAAAGGCCUACGAGUCUGCCAUCGUCAACCUGUCUGCAAGCCUUCCUUUGCCAGCAGCAUGGUAUCAACAACACCACUGGCGCAUCUUCUACGACGAGCAACUGCAAAAACACAAGCAAUUCGGCGACGAAUACAUCUACGCCUUCACCUGGGAAGACGCCAGAGUCGACGCCCGCCUCCUCAAGAUCACAUCUGAAGACGUCAUUCUAGCCAUCACCAGUGCGGGCGAUAAUGUGCUUGCCUACGCCCUCGAACAACCCAAACGCAUCCACGCUGUCGACCUCAACCCUAACCAGAACCAUCUUCUGGAACUCAAGGUCGCAGCUUUUACGGCUUUGGGCUACACAGAUGUGUGGAAGUUGUUUGGACAGGGCAAACAUGACGAUUUCCGCUCCUUGCUCAUAAAUCACUUGAGUCCCCAUCUCUCCUCCCAAGCCUUUGACUACUGGCUCCACAAAGGUGAAUCCACAUUCGGCACAAACAGCCGCGGUUUAUACUACACCGGCGGCUCUCGUCACGCAUUGCAAUUAGUACAAUGGCUAGGCCGCCUCCUCGGUAUCCGCUCCGACCUCGAAAAGCUCUGCAAAGUCAGCACUCUAAACGAGCAACGCGAGAUCUGGGACAAGCGCGUGCGCAGAGUACUCCUCAGCCAAUUCCUCAGCUACACCGUCAUCGGCACCGAGAAGUUCCUAUGGAAAGCUUUGGGUGUUCCUGCCCAUCAACGGCAAAUGAUUGAAAACGAUUACCUAAAGCAAGGCGAUGGUGAAUCAGCGCAAAAGAGUGUUACUGGUGUAAAGUCCGGUCAGGCGAUUUGGGAGUAUGCGGUCAAUACUCUGGAUCCUGUGGUCAAUAAUACGUUGGUGUCGGAGGAGAACCCGUAUUAUUUGAUCUGUUUGCAGGGUCGGUAUACACAGCGUUGUCAUCCUGACUACUUGGCCCCUAGAGCUCAUGUCAAGCUUUCAAAGCCAAACGCAUUCGAUGGUCUACGUAUCCAUACCGACGAGUUGUGCGAGGUCAUGGCUCGUAUGGCGCCCGAGACACUCACAAUUGCCGUUCUCAUGGACUCGAUGGAUUGGUUCGACCCCGAGGGUCCAGAGGCAGAUCAUCAAGUCAAGAUUGUCAAUCGCGCGCUCAAGUUUGGCGGUCGUGUUCUGUUGAGAUCUGCUGGGUUGAGACCUUGGUAUGUCGAUACGUUUGAGAGUCGUGGAUUUAGCGCCAAGAGAGUUGGUGCUCGCAUUCCCCCUGGCUCUUGCAUUGAUAGAGUCAACAUGUAUGCUUCUACUUGGAUCUUGACCAAGGUUGCGGGCGUUGUGGAUGAGAAGGAGUGA